GAGGCCGGGAUGAUGGCUUCGACCCACAAGAAGUCGCAGCCAAGCUUGCCGGCCUCAAGGAUUCCCUGAAGUGCGACUUUCCUUUUCCAUCCGGCACACAAAAUGCCGAUUUGGAGCUCUUCGACGUGCGGGAGGAGGUACUUCGAAGCAUUACCGGCUUCACGCCGGGCACGGUCCUCAAAAUCCGCCAAAAGCCAUCUGCCCGCCUGACCCUGAUCGGGAUCCGCCUGGAGCCGCACGGCGAAGAUCCGAAAGUCUGGUGGCAUUUCCGGGACGGUCCGGACGUGCACGCCGGCGCUGGGAUGCUAGAUGACUGGGAGUCCCUGAGACUUAACAUGCAGGAGACCGGGGAGAAAGUGGACCUCGCGGAGUUUCGGGAAGAGCUAAAAGACCGGAAGCCCGCAAGCAUGGAGGUCCGCAUGGACGGCUUUUUGUCACAGCUGGGUGGCAUUGGUGGUGGCGGACCCCUUGAAGAGAUGCUGCGGCAAGCGCUGCAGCGAGAGCUUUAA